UUAUUGGAUACAUUUUUUAAUAUAAUAUACAGUUAAUGAAAUAGAUAAAAAUAUAUUAUCUUUAAUAUAAGAUAAUUCUUGAAAAUAUGUUGAUUCAGACAAAUACAAUGAACUUGAUAUUAUUGCUAUUUCAAAAUUCAGCAAACGCAGCAGCAUUAUCAUCGUCAUUUGUCAUAGUUUUUGUCUUACAACUUUUUGGAGUCGCUAUUCUAAUCGUAAAAAUAUCAUAUACGAUUUUUGUACAUUGAUAUGUCCAGCAAAUAUUUGAAUAACACGAUAGUAAUUUUUUUGACAUUUAUCAAAUACUAGUAAUAUAUUAACAUUUUCAUCAAUCAUAGAUAUAUCGAAUUUCUGAUGGAUUAUGAUAGAUAUAAAAAAAUUCAAAUUAAACUCUUCGAUCAUAUAAACUUAUAGAUAAACACUUCUUAAAAAUUACUUUUAUAACAACGCUACAUUAUUUUUAGUCUAGUAAGAAAAAUAAAUCGAUAAGAGAAUGUUAGUAAAUAGGCUUGAAAAUCAAAUCGAAUAAAAUUUGAACUUUACCAUUUAACAAUACAUAAUAUGGAACAAUUAUUCAAAUAAAUUUUAUUUAUGUGUAAAAGAAAUAUAAAAAUUUUUUUAAUUUAUUUCAUUUCGUUUAAAAAAUGCAGCAUGGAGUAUAGUUCUCUUGGUUAUCUGGUGGACUGUUUUCCUUUUAUUAUACAUAAAAAGAUUUUAAAAUAUCAGAAAAAAACUAGUAAAUUGUCGAUACUUUCUAAUAAAAAAAUUUAUAACAUUUUACAUAAAUCAUCCUAUAUAACAAACAAUUAAAAUUGAUUUUUACUGAAAUUUUAGACAAUUUUAGUCACGUGAUUGAGAAACUCCAAUGAAAUUUUAACCAGUUUAACCUUAACUUUACCGCGUAUUAUGCAUCUAUAAUCAUGGCAUCAAUUGAUUCAGUGUUAAAGAAAAAUUAAAAAUAGUUGAAUAUAUAUUAUUUUACAUUCGUGUUCGUUUAUAAUACGAUAAAUAAUUACUAGGAAUAAUUGUACAAAAUAAUAUAGCAACAGUUAGUAACAGUUAAUAACAGUUUAUUCAGUUUUUCAUACAGGUUAAGUAGGAUCAAACACGUGGUCUAUCCUACAAAAAUUAUUUAAUUUUAUAACAGACAACUAAAAAUAUGUCGUUUCGUAGUCGUGGUGGUGGAGGAGGAUUUGGUAGAGGCGGUGGAGGAUUUGGUAGAGGAGGUGGAGGAUUUCGUGGAGGUAGAGGCGGACGUGGGGGAGGUGGAGACAGAGGUUCAAGAGGAUUUGAUCAAGGUCCUCCUGAAAUGGUAACUCCACUAGGUCAUUUUACAUGGACUGUUCAAGAUGAUCUUGUUGCUAAAGUAGAUAUUGAACAAGUUCCCUUUUUUAAUGCACCUAUAUAUACAGAAAAUAAACAACAAAUAGGAAAAAUAGAUGAAAUAUUUGGUAAUAUUAGAGAUUAUUAUGUAUCAAUAAGAUUAUCAGAAAACAUUAAAGCAUCCAGUUUUGUGAAGGAUACUCCGCUGUUCAUAGAUCCAGCAAAAUUAUUACCUUUGCAAAGGUUUUUACCAAAACCUCCAGGUGAAAAAAGAAAAGGUGGUGGUAGUGGACGUGGAAUAAAUAAAGGAUCUCGUGGACGUGGUGGUAGAGGUGGUGGGGGAGGAAGAGGUUCGUUUAGUAGAGGUGGUGGUGGUAGAGGAGGAUUUAGAGGAUCACGUGGUGGUGGUGGCGGAUUUGGACGUGAUUUUAAUAGAGGACGUGGUAGAGGAAAAUGGUAGAUUGUAAGAGAUUUUGAUAAAGAGGCUGAAAUAAAGACAGUAUAACAUUGA